CGUAAUAGGAGGAGCGCGUUUACGUGUGCGCGAUUCGUUCCUUUGUAGAGAAGGAUGCGCGCUGGCGCACCAGUUUCCCUACCAAUGCAAUUCGUCCACACCAACGACCGACCUACAGCCUCGGGAGAUAAACGCGUCAAAAUUUAUUAUCAAAAUUAGCUAUCUAGCGAAGAAUCGCGUUCCUAUUUUAUACGGUAUAUUGACUCUCGCGCCGAGUAAAUAAUCCAACUUUAAGAAACGUGGACGAUACGACGCAAGAGAUAGUAACGCGCUAACGCUUUCGAAUUUGAUCCCAGCUAUUGACGCGGUUUCGCGUAGAAAGAAUUAAAGAAUUUAUUCCUCCGGUCGUGUGGUUCGCUCUAUACGUUCUAAGGAAAACUCGUCGAGCCGAAGACGACGAUAAAGCGUAGAAAGCGAUAUCAGUGAGAUUCUCCCGAAUGUUUGUUUACGUUCGUCGAGAGGGCAAAUACGAGGUAUCGCCGUAAGAGCACCGCUCUAUUUUAGUAAAUCGUUGGACGCAAGCUCGAUCGCCUCGCGAGAUAUUAUUUACGUAGAGACGUGAGUAAAGACAGGUGUGAUCGAAGGACGCGAAAAAGUCGCGAUGUAAAGCAAUCGUUCCUUUUCGAUUCUCUAUCCGUUCUACUACUGGAAGAUUUGAAACUUUAUACGCGAUAUGGCGAGCCGCAAUAUCAUCACGCUUUUAUUUCUGGUAAUCACGUCGACGACGGCUGCUAUUGGUCGAGAGACUCGCGGUUCGCGCGUUAAAAGAAUAGCAGGCGGAGAAGACAGCGAUUCGAAGGAGUUUCCCUUUCAAGUCUCUUUACGUUAUUCGGACGCCGUGCACAUUUGCGGGGGCGCGUUGAUAAGCGAAAGACACGUCUUGAGUGCCGCGCAUUGCGUGUGCGAGCUCUUCGAGGAACCUUACGACGAUCUGUCGGUGGUGACUGGUACGAGGAAUGUCAAAAGAGGCGGUCAGGUUCAACGAGUGAAGAACGUCCAUUGUCAUCCCGAUUACGUUUUCGGCGCGGAGAACUCGUGGACUCACGACUUGGUCGUCCUCACGAAUCUCAUCGAUCUGCCAGCUUCGGACACGCCGGAAAACGUAUCGGCGAUCUUAACCGGUUGGGGCAGACGUCAUUCGCUUGGUCCGUUGUCGAACGUCUUACAAAAAGUGACUCUUACCACUAUAACCAACGAGGAUUGUCAAACGUAUUACAACAAUACUAUUUUACCGUCCCAACUGUGUACCUUGGAACAUAAGGGAGUUGGCGCCUGCAAGGGCGAUAGCGGCAGUCCGCUAACUUACAACGAUCAAAUCGUCGGUAUAUUUUCUUGGACUAAGCCGUGCGCAGUGGGCUCGCCCGACGUCUACACCAGAAUUUAUCAAUUUAUAGAUUUCAUUACAAAUAUCACACGAUACGAGGAUUAACGAGCGAGAGUCGAUCGUUUCGCAUGAAAAAAGAUUCGAACAAUUGAAUUAUAUAACAAUGUCGUCGUAUUCGUUGAUAAACGCGGCUUACGGAGAAUAUUCCAAAAAUGAUUGAAAAGUCGAUCGAAUCGACGAUUGUUGCUCCACUCUCUUUCCUCUUUCGACUCAUCGAUGUUCUAAUCGGAGGUUGAAUUUACGUCGAUUUACUGAUUUUAGCUUGAACGACAAAACGAUCUCGUUUGUUGACGCGUACGCUCUCUGACGACAGAGUUUACGUAUCAAUCAGCUUGCGUUCGACGAUUAUUCGCUCGAGAUCCGAUACCGAUCGGACCGUCGUAUCACGUUCUUAAAUCAAUACAGAUUGCUUUAUCGUUCCGAUCGAUCGUUGUCAUUUCUUAAUCGAUCAUCUUUGACGUUAAAGAUUAUCAAAAGAUGAGCACGCGAAAGCGCGUUUUCGUGGAAAACGCGGUUAGAGAGGUUCGUGUCUGUUAUUAUUUAUCGUAAGCCGAGGGAGAAAGGUUAUGUCGACGGUUCUUAAAAUACAGAUAUGAAACUGUAGAUUCCAGAGAUGGCACAAUACAUACCGAAUUUUAUAACCGAAGAAGAAGAAAGUCAAAUAACGAAACAUGUUAAUACCGUCCCCCUUCCGAAGUGGACUCAAUUGAGUUACAGAAGAUUACAAAAUUGGGGCGGUAUACCUCACCCCAAGGGGAUGAUAGCGGAAGAAAUACCAAGCGUGAGUAAAUCGUUGUAAAUGAAAAAUAAUGUAAUAUGCGAUAAUAAAUUUUCAGUGGCUUCGAAA